CCUGUACAUACGUGCGACUGCUACCGCGAGCCAUGCGGCCGUCGUCUUCCUCUCACCGGUUCUGCGCCUGCUACUCGUAACUCCAUCUGACCUCCCGAAUUCAAAUGUCUCGGUGGCUGUUAGAAGUGGGAUCCUUGGCCACUGAGGACGCUGUAACACUUCAAAAUUCGCCAAUCCGCUGUGCGCACCGCCUGGCAGUCCACUUGCACACUCUGAACUCUCCUAUCCAGUGAUAUUCGCCAUGGCCUCGCUUCUGGAUCUUCUCAAGAAGAACCAGCCCACGCUUCAGACUCAUCAGGCCCUCUUGGCCAUCGGCUUGCAGAACGAUUUCCUCCGACCCGAUGGCAAGCUGCCCAUCGACACCCGAUCCGGUUUCGUCGAACGCAUUGAGAGUUUUAUCCCCCAGUUUCGCGAGCAUGCUGGCGAUGUCAUCUGGGUGCGGACCGUUUUCGAGGACGAGUGGCCGGUUAAUGACCCUUGUGCCGACGGCGACACAGUUCUCCUCGAAGCUAUUGACGGACUGGACGAUGAUGAGGAUUCGAGUUUCGAGGACAUGGCCGCCAAGGAUCCGACCCAGCCGGCUUCCUCAUCGAGAUCGCAGCGAAACAAGCAACGCGCCUUGGACCUCUUCAAACGGGUGUCGGCACGGAAGAGGAUUGUACCUCGCACUACCUCGCCGACACCUGCAGAAGAAGACGAGCUGUUCCUCUCAAAGUCGUCGAAAAAGGGGCCAUGCUGUGCACCCAAUACACCGGGGGCAGAAUUUACCGACAGCGUCAAGUCAUGCAUCGACAGGUCGACAGAUCUAGAAAUCAUCACUUCUCACUACUCUGCAUUCAACGGGACUACGCUACUGGUCACUCUACGAGCUCGGCUGGUUACUGAACUCUAUCUGUGCGGAUGUCUUACGAACAUCUCCGUCUUUGCAACUGCCCUAGACGCAGCCCGCCAUGGCUUCACAAUCAACAUCAUCGAAGAUUGCCUCGGUUUCCGGAAACAAAUGAGGCAUGCCGAGGCUGUCAAGAAGAUGAUUUCACUCAUGGGGGCGUACGUGCUCUCUAGUGUGGACUUGGCGAAAGACCUUUCCAAGGCUCCUGAGCUCAAGAAAGUUGAGACUCCAAAGAGCUCGAAAGACACAUAUGACUUGCAAGCAAAUAGGACGUUUUCCAAUGCAUCGAAGGCGGACGAAGAGCCCACGACAGCCGGCGCUGCCAACCCGAGUCCCACUCUCGAAGAUUUUGUCAACAAGCUCAGCUUAGGAACUUCUGAGUCUCAAGACUACGAGACUCAAGUCGUGCGCCCUAUACCGAGGAAAUCGCAAGGCGACGAAGAGGCGAAGCAGAACUUCGUGAAGACGAAAAUAAGGAUGCGGUCUAGAAGUAGCAAGAAUAAGAAAAAAGGCGAUGGCCAGACCAAAGCGGAGGCUCCCAAAGCAGAGGCGCCCAAAGAGGCUGCAUCGAGCUCAGAGGCUGCAUCGAGCUCCAAGGCACCAGCUGAAGUGUCACCUGAUAGAAGCUCGAAGAAGCCUGCUGCGCCUCCUGAGCCACCACCACGUGUACCAACCAUUGCACGGGCAGAAAGCACUGAUAUGCUUAAAGGAAGACCAUCGAGCCGAGAACAAAAACUAAAGUCGCAUGCUUCUCAACCUGCGCUGAGCUCCAGUUCCAAAGACAAGGACUCCAAGCUUCGCCUGUCAUUCGGUCGUUCAACAAAACCCGCCGUGCCGCCAUUGUCCAGCCCACAAUCUCCUAAACCCGCAGAACAAUCUCCUAAAGCCCCAGAAAAAUCUCCAAAAGCCGCUGACAAGGCUCCAAUCGCACAUACUCAGCCAACAAUGCCGAAGAAGAUCCAAUCUCUCGCGACAUUUCCCGUCUUGGGACCCGACGACACAAUCGCGGAAGGUGACUCACGCAUCAUAUACGAUUUUUUCCCUCCUACUAUGUGUCAUCCGAAAACUUCUAAGAAAUUGCUCAAAGAUAUUGUAUUCACUCAGCUAUAUAACGAAGUUCGAUGGCAGAAGAUGUAUCAUGCACAAGGAGAAGUCCCACGACUGGUGUGCGUUCAAGGCGAAUUUGGUCCUGAUGGCUCAAUGCCCGUGUAUCGACAUCCGUCAGACCAAUCGAUGCCACUACUACACUUCUCCCCGACCGUUCAACUGAUACGUGAACAAGUAGAAAAGGUCGUACACCAUCCGGUCAACCAUGUUCUCAUUCAACUCUACCGAUCUGGCCAGGAUUAUAUUUCAGAGCACUCAGACAAAACCUUAGAUAUAGUCCGAGGAUCGAGCAUCGUAAAUGUCAGCUUCGGCGCGCAAAGGACAAUGCGGCUGAGAACCAAGAAGUCUGCGAAGUCCGAACAAGCCUCCGACGAUGCGACACCUGCACGUAGCACCCAACGUAUUGCAAUGCCACACAACUCCAUCUUCGUGCUCGGCCAAGACUCUAACAUGCGCUGGCUGCACGGUAUCACCGCCGACAAACGCUCACCUGCUGACCGGUCGGACGUCGAGAAGGCGUUCAGCGGUAUGCGGAUUUCCUUGACAUUCCGCCAGAUAGGGACCUUCUUGGACAGUGAUACACGUCUGGUAUGGGGCCAGGGUGCCACAGCGAAAGACCGGUCUGCAGCUAACGACGUUAUAAAUGACGAUGAAGAAGAGACGGAGAAGAUCAUUCACGCUUUUGGGAAAGAAAAUCACAGCACAGAGUUCGACUGGGAUGGAGUGUAUGGGGAAGGCUUUGAUGUCCUUCAUUUCCGAGCACCUCCUGUAGACAACCCUAUCCUCUUUGCUUCAAACGAGGUGGUGGAGAACCGACAAAUCGCUAUCUGUCUAGCUGAACUCGGCCUCGCGCAUACGGUCAUGGAACCUCCCACGAUUGAGAAAGAGUAUGAAGGAGGCCGCCAGAUAUGCUACCGAGAUGCUGACCUCAAGCAUACGGAGGUGGUAGGAGCCAUACCAAUACUACUCUACCUCGAUCGAUACCACCAUCUCGACCGAGACGACUACGGCAAGGAGGUCACAGCAAACGCCUACGAAGUCCUCCAAGUUAUGCUCAAGCUCCAAGAGAGCUUCCAAAAGAGCUCGAGUGCUGCUUUCUAUGAAGUCUUCAUAGAGACGCUGAUGGCUCUAGAAGAUCGCCUGGCUCGCAACAGCUCCCAGUUCAUUGCAGGGUCGAGGUUCUCUAUUGCCGAUUGUGCGGCGUGGCCGGUGCUAGACCACAUUAUCGAGAAUGGGGAUAUCUGUAGUAAGGAGAGUUUCCCGGCGCUGACUGCGUAUUACCGGACGGUGUGGAAGAAGAAGAAGUCGGUUGGGCGGUUGAGGAGUAAGCUCUCGAUCAAAUGAUCUGUCCAUUUAAGAAGCAUCUUUCGCAUUAUUUUUUGUAUGGGGUCGGUAAAUCAUCAUCUAGCAUGGCUGGUAUCACGUCGAGC